AUGUCAAACACGCUCCGUCCGCAGAUCUACGUCGGGUGCAAGGCGCCCAACUUCCAGGUGCAGUCUUCGCAGGGGAUCAUCGACUUCUACGACUACAUCGGCGACUCAUGGUGCCUGUUCUUCUCGCACCCGGCGGACUUCACGCCCGUGUGCACGACGGAGAUCGGGGCGCUCGCGUCGCUGGCCGAGGAGUUCGCAAUGCGGCGCUGCAAGCUCCUGGGGCUGUCCACCAACAACCGCGCGACGCACGUCAAGUGGCUCAAGGACAUCGAGCGCGUGACCGGGUUCCGCGUCAACUUCCCGCUGCUGUGCGACGUGGACCGGCGCCUGAGCACGGUCUUCGGCAUGCUGGACGCGCGCACGCUGGACGCGGACGGGCACCCGGUGCCGCUGCGAUCCACGUACUUCGUGGACCCCAACAAGGUCAUCCGCCUAGUCCAGUCGUACCCCCUGUCCACUGGGCGCAACACCGCGGAGCUGCUGCGCUGCCUGGACUCACUCCAGCUGUCCGACGCCACGAGCCACCAGUUCAUGACCCCCGUGAACUGGAUUCCGGGCGACGACGUCGUGCUCGCGCCCGACCUCGACGCGCCGACCAUGCAGGAGAAGUACCCGGAGCACCGCACCAUCCGCGACUACCUGCGUCUGGCGCCCUUCGAUCCGGAUCAACUGGACCGCUAG